UCGCCACUGCCACGGCCAAGCCAAUUGAAGCAUCCACCAACAGACCAGUCAUUGUUCAAGAGACACAACAAAUCGACAAAACAACCCCAAGACAAUAUCGAAAAGAGAAGAAGGAAGGAUGGUCACUUCAGGAACAAGCUCGACUGACAAGCUACCAUAUGCAGCAGACAUUUCACUGGGACUAUCGCCGGAAGAACUGACGGUCUUGAGGGAGCAAUAUCAGAACGAACAGGCCAAGGGAUGGAUAUCCACUCAAACCAAAUUCAAUCUUGCCUGGGGACUCGUCAAAGGGAACGCACGACAAGGACAGGUGUCCGAAGGGAUCGCUAUCCUCAUGGAUGUCUAUCGAACUGAUGCCACUCGACGUCGUGAAUGUCUCUAUUACCUUUCGUUGGGUCAUUACAAACUAGGAAAUUAUAGCGAAGCAAAGCGUUUUAACGAUCUAUUACUAGAAAAGGAACCUCAUAACCUUCAAGCGAAAUCGUUAGCCCAGCUGAUUGAAAAGGCGGUCACUCAAGAGGGUUAUCUCGGCCUUAGUCUGGCAGGUGGCGCGGCGCUUGUUGGCGGCGUGCUAUUGGCCAGUCUGUUCUCCGGCCGUCGGCGCUAAUUAGGCUUCGGCAUCUCAACUACGACAGGCAUGCAAUAAAUACGCCCAGAAGAUUAAUGUUGCUCAACAUACCUGCAAGUGAUUCAAUUUAUAGUGCCACUGUUGGCUUCCUACUCGGAUCAGGUUUUUUCUUGCACCCCUUUCAUCACCUUCACUAGCUUGCUGUUGUGACUUUUGCCAUGUACUUUUAUCUAGCAUCAUUUUUUGUUCUUCCCUUCUCCAUACUCUUGUGCAACUAUCUGAUAUACAUUGGGAUUUUCAGUCUCGUUGUUUUUGUCACUGACUCAAACUUGCUAUUUAGCGUAGUAUGAGUACUGCUCGAAGCUUAACUCGGACAGGUACGAUGUUCAUCCGGUUCAAAGCUUAAGUUCAUCACUAGCCCUUCUGAAUCUCCAACGUUGAAGGAAAUGAAAGCUAUGGGAGAAGCCCCAGGAAACAGUGUCCUUUUCUUUUCAAGAAGAAGAAGCAGAAAAACAACCGGCAGAACUUCAACUAAUUAGAAACGAAAAGCAAAUCCUUGGCAUUGAUUUUUUUUUUU